AUGGCAGCACGAGGGUGCGCUGGGUUUCCCAAGCCCUGUCAGAAGGGUUGGCAGACUUCGCCCCUACCUCAGAGACUAACGCAGAGUGCAACCUUCACAGCAGAAUGUACCUUGAGGCUUUGGCUAACUAUACUCUGUGGUGUUACAGAUGGCACUAGGGUGCGCUGGGUUUCCCAAGCCUUGUCAGAAGGGUUGGCAGACUUCGCCCCUACCUCAGAGACUAACGCAGAGUGCAACCUUCACAGCAGAAUGUACCUUGAGGCUUUGGCUAACUCCACCCUGUGGGCCGUUCAGAUGCUGGACGCCUCUAGCCAGACGGCCGCAGGCAUGUUGUCAGGAGACAUCUACUCGCUGGGACACUACGACCAGUGUAUCACUGUAGAAGUGCCAGAACUACGUAUCAGAGGUCAGCACUGUUUGGCCACCCUGCACUACGGUCCUGACCCCGAGGCGUUCCCUUGGUUCUACACCCCUUCCAACGUCACCCACCAUAGGACGGCGCCCACUGAAAAUGUCUGGGACAAAGUCAAGUUCACCGGAGAUCCAGGGUUCACCCGGAGAGAUCUGUUCCACUGGGCCUUGUGUAUCCCAGCCUCAUGUUCUCCGGAGGACUUGGAGCAGUCAUUGAACAUUUCCCUAGAGAUGGCUCUCCACAGGAAUGGUCUGCGAGGACGUGUCACGGUGGAUCCCCUCUACUGCCACAAGGCUGGGGAGGUGGAGGUGCCAGCAUCCGGGGGAUAUUUCACCAUCAGGAUGGUGCUACUUAUGUGUGUGUUGAUCUCAAUCAUUGCCACAGUGUAUGACUACGUAAUGCCUUAUGUCAGAGAUCAAAAGUUUGAGUCCCAUUUAGCAGGUAUGUCUGAGAAGAUGCUUUUAGCCUUUUCCAUCAGAAAGAACAUGAACGAGUUGACUGAGAAGGGUGCAGACCCGAGACUAGACAUCAUCAAUGGUGGCAAGGUGAUAAGUAUUGCUGCCAUAUUGUUUGGACAUCGAGCUCUGUAUUCUCACGGUCUAGCACUGCAAUAUCACGAGGACUGGGAAUGGAAACUUGAACAUGAUUUUUCAACCAAUGCUUUAAUGAACGCCACUCAUUUGGUAGAUGUUUUCUUCUUGGCAUCUGGAUUCCUUGCCUUUUUAGGCAUUUACAAUCACCUUGAUAAGAAGAAGUCAAUCAACUUCCUAUUGAUUAUCUUUCUCCGCUGGGUCAGGAUAGUCCCGCCCUAUCUCGUGAUGAUGGGGAUCAUGGGCUGGAUUUUACCCACAAUGUCUGAAGGUCCACUUUGGGACAAGAGAGUAGGACUGGAGGCUCAGAGAUGUCAAGACAACUGGUGGGUCAAUCUACUCUUCAUCAACAACUACUACCACGCUGACAAUCAGUGCUUGCUUCUCUCAUGGUACUUGGCCUGUGAUAUGCAGUUCUUCAUCAUCGGCAUGUUUGCAACAUACAUUCUAUGGAAGUGGCCAAAGCUUGGUUACGUAGUGUUUGGUGUUCUAUUGACUGUAUCCAUUGCAGUUCCUUUCUAUGCUACAUAUGCGGGCAAAUACUAUGGCAUACUCAGGCUGUAUGCAAGCAGUUUGCUGGUUAAUCCUUUCAAAAACGACCAUUUCAUCAACAUUUACGUCAAGAGUCACAAUCGAGCUGGGCCUUACAUCAUCGGAGCUCUCACUGGAUACCUGUGCAUCAAACUGUCUAAAGCUAACUACAAGUUCUCUAAGAGGACGAUCUUGCUGGGAUUCAUCGUGUUGUUUGGAGGAGGCUACACACACCAGUUCUAUGGGUUCUUGUUCUACCAGAGGGAUAGACCUUACAACGGUUAUGAGAACGCUUUCUAUGCAGCGUUCCAUAGGAUAACGUUCAGUAUAGGGGUUGCAUGGGCUGCUUUAACUUACUACACCACAGGGUUUGGACUAUUCAAGGUGUUGUUGGCUCAGCAGAUAUACACUCCUCUGUGUCGUCUUGUAUACUGCGUGGUUCUGAUACACCCUGUACUGCAACUUGCUGAGGCAGCUUCUGUGAGACACUCCGAGUUCAUGAACUACCCCAAGAUGUUCUGGAUGGCUUGCGGAGACUAUCUGACAGCAACGCUUCUAGCAUUACCUCUCUACCUCAUGGUCGAAGCUCCCUUCCGAACAAUUCUCAAGUUGAUGUUCAUGACUAAGAAAGCAUCCCCAGCGAUCAAGCAAAGUACGACCCAAGCAGUAGAAAACAACACAGAGCAGCCUAAAUUGGUGAUCUCAAGACUUUGAAGAGUCAACUAGCAAAUUGAUUUGCAUCAAAGUUCCAAGUUCCAUGUGAUAUUUGUAUAUAGUUAGCAUUAGUGUUGCAUUGUUUAAGCAUUGUACAUAGUUUUUGUACCGGCCGAGUAGUUAAGUUGUAACUUAGCUUUUACUGUAGUGGAAAUAGAAUCCAUUUAGUUUUUAGGAACUAAUUUGUGUACCUUUAUUCAUGUUUGCCAUUAGACAUAUGCAUGAUUUAAAGAUUUACAAAACAGAUUACACUUAAAUCUUUUAUACUAAAACUUUAUUUCUUGGAUUUAAUUUUGUAGGUUAUAUCUCAGAGUAAUAAAACAAAAAAAUUUGUUUUCUUACUCUGAGGUUAUAUCUUAGAAAUCUUUUGUAGAUUGUGACAAAUGAUUCAUUACACUUUGUCUUUUCAACAUGUUUAUUUCAUAACGCAUAAAAUUAAAUUAAUUUAAAAAGAAAAAAAUGUUAAUAAAUCUCUAUGUAAUGACGGUGUUUCAAAAAGAGUGUUUCCUACUACUGCAAUCUAAUUUUGUAAAGAUACUCAGAGGAAAGUCCAAUGCAUUAUUGUUGCAUAUGAACUUUUAUAUACAUUAUUCAGUGCAUCUAUUUCAGUAAAUUUUAUAAAUUUGUCAAACGGUCUCAGGUUUAUUUAAUUAUUUAAGUUCUAUUAGGUAAUUAUGCAUUAUUGAAUGUAAAUAAAUAAAUUCAUUGAAAAUAAUUUAAACGUUUAAAGUUUAAACGUUUCUGGGAAUAAACUGGGAAAGUGCAUUUAGCUACAACUUUUCAAUUGUUGAAAAGUUGUUUAGUCGAAAUAUGAUAAAUGUUUAUUCUACAACAAAUAAAUAAUUAGUGCACAUCCAAUAGUUUAUACUUACAUAAAUUCUGUACUGUAUAAGUAAAAAUGGUAGAUUAUAUAACUAUGUGAGAAAUCAUACU